GCCUGUCUGAAGUCACACAUUAAGAUAAACAAAGAGCAGCAAACAAAGAUGGACACAGUUCUGCUCAUUAUGGCAGGGCUGUGUGCUGUCUCAUCACAUGCUGAACGUCAGUACCAUAUUAUUUAUGACCAGAAGAACUGGACUGAAGCACAAAGUUACUGCAGAGAGAAAUACACAGACCUGGCUACUGUCGACAACAUGGAGGACGUGACGACCCUGAUCAACAUGGCAGAUAGAAGCAGAAUGGUCUACUGAGAUGAAAACAACCGAGCCUGGAUAGGGCUGUACGAUGACGUGGACAGCUGGAGGUGGUCACUGUCUGACACAAGUUACUACAAAGACGGGGAGACAGAGUUCAGACAAUGGUCAUCUGGAGAGCCAAAUAAUGAACACAGUGGAGAACACUGCACAUGGAUGUAUGAUAGUGGCCUUUGGAAUGAUGCCCCAUGUGCAUGGCAAUAUAAGGCAGUCUGCUCAGAUGUCAGAGGGUCUAAUGUGACAUUUGUCCUCACUGACGCCUCCAUGACAUGGACUGAGGCCCAGAGCUACUGCAGAGCAAACUACACAGACCUGACCAGUGUGAGAAACAUGACAGAGAACCAGAAGGUACAGGAGCUGAUACCUGCAGGAGAACGUGUCUGGAUCGGCCUCUUCAGAGACUCCUGGAAGUGGAAGGAUGGAAGUAACUCAUCAUUUAGGUACUGGAAACUGGAAACUAAGGAACCUAAUAACAGCCAAGGAAAGGAGGCUUGUGUGGCUGCAGACUUUGGCCAAUCUGGAGGAUGGGAGGACUGGAACUGUGACUUUGAGAGAGCGUUCAUUUGCUCCAGCGUGUCAGUGCCUGUUUCAAAGAAAGCAAUGAAAGUGAUGAAGGUGAGGUUUGAGACACAGGACUCCUCUCUGGAUAUGAAUGACCCUGUUGUGAUGGAGGACAUCUUAAAGAAGCUCAAACAGAGGCUGAGGCACCAGAGGCUGAAUGACGACAUCAAGCUGAGCUGGAGGAAGCAGCCAGAUGGGAAAGUCUUCCACAAGGAAGAGAAGAAGACAAGGAAGAAGAGCAGUCCGAAAAAAGAUGAGCUUUAAUCUUUCAGUCCACUCUUCUGUCAUCUUCAACUUGCUUUUCUGCUUGUUCUUCACAAUAGCCCUCAUUUAUCAACCUAACUUACAAACCAGCGCAGAUCUGAGCGUAGAAAUCUUACGAGAGGAUUUGUGUGUAACUCAUGAAACGUUCCUAUCUUCAGCAUAGGAACGAUCGGGUGUUGACAAAUGUGACAACUGAAAACAAUCAUCAUUUACAAAUUCUGCCCCAAUAAAUUCUGGGUUAAUAGGCCACACCCCUAGAGUUUACAACAUGGAGAUACAGCAAAGAAGAGAGACCUCUCUAGGCUAGAAAUGGAAACACUGAUGUCCCAGGUCCAAUUUCAUCAACUGUAUGUGCAACCCAUGUAUACUUGUAAUAGCAUGAGUUGGACAGACAGUUCAGUGUGGUGUCAGCAGUGAUGCAGUCGUUUUUGAAUUACAGAAUGAACUACAUUCCAUCCCUUACCUGUGUCAUGAGCUUUGGGUACUUACCAAAAGAAUGAGAUCAAAGAUACAAGUGGCCGAAAUGAGAUUCCUUCAUAGGGUGUCUGGGCUAGACCCCGGAGGGGAGAGAGAGCUCGGAGUACAGCCUCUUCUCCUUUGUGUCCAAAGGGGCCAGUUGAGGUGGUUCAACAUCUGAUCAGGAUUCUCAAGGCGCUUCCCUUUCGGAUGUGUCCCAGGCACACCCAACUGGUACGACACCCCGGGGUAGACCUAAAACACACUGGGGAGGUUGUAUAUCUCAUGAUGGAUGGAUGGAUUUUUUUUUGAUAACUGAUUACUCAUUUAAUUCGGGUUUCAUUUUGAGGUUUGAACUGUUGGUUGGACAAACUAACAUUUGAAGGCAUCACUGUGAGCUCUGGUCUUUCUCAAUAUUUUCUCUUCUUACAUUUUACAAACUAAACAAUAAAUGAAUUGAUCAAGAAAAUAACCAGCAGAUUAAUCCAUUAUUGCUCCACCUCGACCAAGUACCAGAGUCAAAAGCUGCUGUAACAUGCAUGUAUGAGUAAUAAUGAUCUCAUAAAUUAUAUAAUAGUAUGCAGGAUGUAUCAUACCAAACACUCUCAA